UGCAAAAGCGAGCUGCUGCGGCUGGCUGGAGGGCGAGGUGCGGGUCCUCGCGCGCUGGUUCGCGGGUGGGCGCUGAGCAGCCGAGUUGCUGCUGAGCGCUUGCUGGCGUCAAGCGACAGCUCUCGGGGGGAGAAACGGGCCGCGGAGAAACGGGUGAGACAUCUGUAUAUUUGUGAUUUUCACAAGAACUUCAUUCAAAGUGUCCGAAACAAAAGAAAGAGGAAGACAAGUGAUGAUGGAGGUGACUCUCCUGAGCAUGAAACAGAUGUCCCAGAGGUUGACUUGUUCCAGCUCCAAGUGAACACUCUCCGACGUUACAAGAGACAUUAUAAGUUGCAGACUAGGCCUGGACUCAACAAGGCUCAGCUAGCAGAAACUGUCAGUCGUCACUUCAGGAAUAUUCCUGUGAAUGAGAAAGAGACGCUUGCGUAUUUCAUCUAUAUGGUGAAGAACAACAAGAGCAGGCUGGACCAGAAAUCAGAAGGUAGCAAGCAACUAGAAUGA